CUUUUGACUGGCCCAUUUUCAACUAACAAACUUUCCCUAUAAAUUGCUCCUAAUUUAGACAACCAACAAAAACACAUAAAUAUAGACAUCAUCAGCAGAAACUAAAAAUGCCGCCGCGUUCUGUCGUCAAGAAAUUUCUCGCAAGGCCUCAACAUGAAGGACUUGGUGCUGUUGUCAGAAGAAGCAUUGGAAGGUUUGAGUUGAGAUACUUUGACCCUUUUCUUGUUUUGGAUGAAUUCUCAGUUUCUGCUCCUGCUGGGUUUCCUGAUCAUCCACAUAGAGGCUUUGAAACGGUCACCUACAUGUUACAGGGAGCGGUAAAGCAUGAAGAUUUUGAAGGUCAUAAAGGUAUCAUUGAAGCUGGUGAUUUACAAUGGAUGACUGCUGGAAGAGGAAUAGUUCAUUCUGAAAUGCCUGCUACUGAGGGAACUCAAAAGGGUUUACAAUUGUGGAUUAAUCUCUCCUCCAAACAUAAAAUGAUACAACCGCGGUACCAAGAGAUACCAAGUGAAAACAUAGCAGAAGCCACAAAAGAUGGGAUCAAGGUGAGAAUAAUAGCAGGGGAAUCACUAGGAGCAAAAUCAGCCAUAUACACAAGGACUCCAACAAUGUAUUUGGAUUUCACUCUAAAGCUAGGAUCCCAUCUUCAACAACCAAUUCCAAAAUCAUACAAUGCAUUUGUGUAUGUCUUGGAAGGUGAAGGCAAUUUUGGGCCACAUGAAUCAACAUCAGUAGCAGCACAUAAUCUACUUUUAUUAAGUGGAUCUGGUGAUGGGCUUGAGGCAUGGAACAAAUCAACAAAGCCCUUAAGGUUCAUAUUGGUGGGUGGUGAACCAUUAGGGGAACCAGUAGCACAAUUGGGGCCUUUUGUGAUGAAUACUCAACAAGAGAUUGAUCAAACUGUUGAAGAUUUUGACAAUUAUACCAAUGGUUUUGAAAAAGCCAAGCAUUGGAGGUCACAAGCCAGAAUUGGCCUUGAUUAUUAGUGUCAAAAAAUGACAAAAAUACUUGUACUAACUUUGGCAGUAGAUUCAAAAUAGUCCCUUCAAUAUUACUUGAUCAGUUUCAAUCUUUUAA